AUGGCAACGAGUCUAUUUUGCGCCGGAACACGCCGCUCCCUCCCGCCGCAGCCCCCCGCCCGGCCCGCACCCCAGUCCGCAGCCCCCGGCCCGGCCGAGGAGGGUGGGGGUCCCGGGGGUCGUGGGGGGCCGGAGGCGCGACGGAGGGCCGCGGCCAGCACCCCAUCAGCGGAGCCUUCUGUGUCCCCCAUGUCUUCUGGGGGUCCCUCCUACCCCCGACUCUUCCCCAUGGCCCGGGACCCCGCGCGCACAGGCGCGGACCCUCCGGCCUGGCCUGCGGACCGGCAUGGGCGGGGCGUGGUGCUGGCGGGUCCCCGCUUUGGCUGCACCCUCACCCCCUUUCCCGGGGCCCUGCCUGCUUGUCCCCCCUCGGCCGCUCAGACACGCCGCCGACGGGUGACGGGGUGUGCCAGGCAGGUACGUCCCAGGCGUGAGAGCUGCGAGCUGCGGCGAGAGGGCCCCGGAGACAAAGCCUCAGCCCUCCUGACAGCAGCAUCCCAGCUCACAGGCAGGUACCCGCUGGCCUCCCUGCCCACCUACAGGCCAAACUCUCACACAUGCGUGCAUGGGGGCCCCUGCCAGACACCCCACAUGCCCCGGGGCUCUCAGGGCAGCAGUGUGGGACAACGAGGCCUCAAAGGGCAGCAUGAGGGGAUCCUGCAGAGCAGGAGGAGGUUCGGGCAAAGACAAGAGCAGGUGAUGGGGGCAGCCCGAGCCAAGCCCAAGACCCCCACAUUCCCGGGCCUCGGCUCGCCCGCGCCCGGCGGCCCUGGCCGGCCCCCCGCGCGCCCGAUGCCGAUGCCGGCCCUCCCGCUGCUCGCGGCGCUGCUGCUCCUGGCCUCGGCGGCCGGCGGGGCCGGGGCGCGCCCGGCCAACGCGUCGAGCGCCGCCUUGGAGGCCCCGGUCCCGGCCGCGGCCCAGGCCCCGGCCCCGGCUCCGGCCCCGGCCGCGGGCCCGCUGCCCGCGCUGCUGGCGCACCUGCGGCGGCUGACGGGCGCGCUGUCUGGGGGCGGCGGCGCGGGGCCGGGCAACGGGUCCAAGGCGGGCGCGGCGGCGCGCGCCCCGCCGCCGGCCGAGCUGUGCCACGGCUACUACGACGUGAUGGGCCAGUACGACGCCACGUUCAACUGCAGCACGGGCUCCUACCGCUUCUGCUGCGGCACGUGCCACUACCGCUUCUGCUGCGAGCACCGCCACAUGCGGCUGGCGCAGGCGUCGUGCUCCAACUACGACACGCCGCGCUGGGCCACCACGCCGCCGCCGCCGGCCGGGGGCGCGGGCGGCGCGGGCGGCGCGGGCGGCGGGCCGGGCCCGGGCCAGGCGGGCUGGCUGGAGGGCGGGCGCGCGGGCGGCGCGGGCGCGCGGGGCGGCGAGGGCCCGGGCGGCAGCACGGCCUACGUGGUGUGCGGCGUCAUCAGCUUCGCGCUGGCCGUGGGCGUGGGCGCCAAGGUGGCCUUCAGCAAGGCGUCGCGCGCGCCCCGCGCGCCCCGCGACCUCAACGUGCCCAGGGCGCUGGUGGACAUUCUGAGGCAUCAAGCGGGACCCGGGAGCCGCCCAGACCGCACGCGAAGCAGCUCCUUAACCCCGGGGAUGGGGGGCCCCGACAGUAUGCCCCCCCGGACGCCCAAGAACCUCUACAACACCGUGAAGCCUGCCAACCUGGACUGGCGGGCCGCCCCUCCGCCCAGCCCGUCCCUGCACUACUCCACCUUGUCCUGCUCGCGGUCCUUCCACAACCUCUCCCACCUGCCCCCGUCCUACGAGGCGGCGAUGAAGUCGGAGCUCAACCGCUACUCGUCGCUCAAGAGGCUGGCCGAGAAGGACCUGGACGAGGCGUACCUGAAGCGGCGGCCGCUGGAGGUGGCGCGCGGGACGCUGCCCCUGCACGCGCUGCGGCGGCCCGGCACGGGCGGCGGCUACCGGCCGGACGGCUGGGGCGGGCCGGAGGAGCUGGGCCUGGCGCCCGCGCCGCACCCGCGCCGCGUCAUGUCGCAGGAGCACCUGCUGGGCGACGCGGCCCGGGCGCGCUGCGAGUUCACGCUGCCGCGCGCGCGCCUCGUGUCGCAGGAGCACCUGCUGCUCGCCUCGCCCGACGCGCUGCGCCGCAGCCGCGAGCACCUGCUGUCGCCGCCGCGCAGCCCCGCGCUGCCGCCCGAGCCCGCGGCCCGCGCCGGCCUGGCCGCCUCGCACUCCACGCUGCUGCUCGGGCCCGGCGCGCCGCCCACGCCGCUGCACGCGCUGCACGCGCACCACCACCACGCGCUGCACGGCGCCCCGCAGCCCGCCUGGGCCGCCGACGCCGCCGGGGGCACGCUGGCGCGCCGGCCGCCCUGCCAGCGCCAGGGCACGCUCGAGCAGCUGCAGUUCAUCCCCGGCCACCACCUGCCGCAGCACCUGCGCACCGCCAGCAAGAACGAGGUCACCGUCUGA